AUGGAGAGACACAACUUCGGAUACGGGUAUCCGUAUCCCUCCGCAGAUCGUGACUCUACUCCUCGCUACGUUCCUCGAGCAGGGUCCACGUCCGUGACGUCUUCCACUUCUUGGCAGUCCAGCUCUGGCGGCAGCAACGAUAGCGGCUAUACCUAUUCAUCGGAAUCUUCUGGACCAUACAACAGUUAUCGCAUGCCCGGCAGCUACUCUGUAUCGACUGCUCCGUCGGGCUUCACGGCGUUGAGCGCUAUGCAACAGCAAUUCAAUGGGCAAACGACAACAAUAUCAAGCCCACGCCGGCUUGGUUGUGAAUUCAAAGCCUGGACGGGCUGUCAGCGGUCGUUCGGACUUGAAGAGGACGAAAUUGGCCAGUGGAUACGCCAUGUCGAGGAUGACCAUCUUGGGCGAAAUUACCCAAGUCGUUGUAUUUGCUGGUUUUGCGAUGAUGUCGAAUUCCGCACCGAAUUGCCCCAUGAUCCCGGCAUGAACUUCGAGUACAGAAUGAAGCACAUCGCCGACCACGUCUUGGAAGGGCUCCAUUUCGAGAACAGGAGACCCGACUUCCAUUUCCUUGACCAUGUGUACAGCAUAGGGCUGAUAUCGUCCGAGGCAUUCGCGCGAGCCAAAGGGCAGAGUGAAGGGCCGGCAGCACCAGCGGGUGUGCAUCCGUCAGGCUUCAGACCAGCGGCGCGACAAUCAAGACCCGAAGCAGUGGAGUAUGUGUCGAACAGUAGUCGACGACGACAGAGAGAUACCCGUCGUCAUGCCUAA